AUGAUGAGGGAGCAAGAUAGAUCCCUUUUUAAAGUUCACUAUACUGACCACAAGGAAUCCCCUUUGCAAAAUUCUGUGUUUACUAAGGCCUGUUCCACGCGUCCUAACGCGUCGGUUUCUGAGGGCUUGGAACAACGCGGAUUAACUUGUCCUCCCCGAAGCCCCUCAGCUCAAGUCAGCUCCAUAUUGUACUGGCGUAAAUGCAAUUUGAAGGCAGUCUGGCGCGUUAACCAGGGCUGCGAUGCGUUCGAUCGGGAUAAGCAGAGAGCCUUUGCCGAAGUCUGGACGACAGCCUUUCGAACGCCCGCAAGGCCUCCGAGCUCUGUCUGGUUCCAAGUCCGUAGAGGUGCAUCAAUUGACACAGGUUCGAGAAGGUUUGCGACGAAACGAUGGCCGUUCCAACCCAUUCAAGGAACGACGGCCGUUCCUUGUUCAACGCCGACAGCAGGAGGUACACGGCCGCGGCGGAAAAUAGAGCUGGGCAUGUCAACACUGGUCCCCCCGAUGGAUGCUGAGGUCGAACAGCUGUUGAUUCAAAUCAAUAAUCUGUCGGUACGGGUUGAACAAGCUGAAAAUGAGCUCAUCUCAAUCAAACGGACCAAAGCAUCAAACAUUGUUGGUGCCCAAAUGCAGGAUGUGGUAAAUACGGGAUCACCAGCUGUGCUGGCGACUGCGCGCAAAAGGGCACCAAGGAACAAAGGCGCGUCUGACAUCGAUCAUGGGAUUGAGCUUUGGGACCAAGCUAGUGUCAAGCAAGACUGCCAGCUGGUUGAUAGCGCACUAAUUGGGGUUGGUCGCAUGCUGCUUAAACUAGAAAUGGCGCAUGGCCAAAUAGUGAACUCAAAAGAGGAACACGAAACGCAGUCAGCGAUCAUGACUGAAGCCAUCGCACGUGGCUUUCUUUGCCGCGCACGGCGUGUGCGAUGCGCGGCGGCUCUUUGGAAGACGCGGAAUCAUCUGUUUAGUUUUGUACUUCACACAACGCGCUUUGAGAUACUGCGACAGCGGAAAAUGGACAAUAUCGUGCGUGCAAGCAGCACUGAACGCGAGGUCAGGCGCACACAGCGCUGCUUUGGAGCAUGGUAUAUGGAGGCGCUAGCGCAACGGGGACAUGUAGAGUACAUCCGCACGGCGAGCCGCACGGCUGCGGCUAAACGUGAUAGGACUAUGCUGCGCAAAGUUCUGCGAGCCUGGCGCAGGGAUUGCGUAGGGCCUCAGUCAGUGCGGAGUUGCCGACAACGACGCGCCGAGGCACUUCAUGCUGCUCGCAGUCGCGUCCAGGAGGUCGAGGGUCUAAUCUGCGCCAGAAAGAAAGCUGCUGGUGAGCCUGCAGAGCGACUCAUAAUCACUAAUGACAUGGUCUACCGUGAAAUGAGUCGGACAAUCUAUCACGCGGCCUUGAAGAAGCAAGUUUGGUGGUGCAUGCGACACCAUUUUGUCGCGCUACGGCGGGCAGUCACAAUGCAGAUUGCAGCGUCAGAAAUGGCCAUAAAGCAUUAUAGGACUACUGUAUACGGGUUUGUUUUCUACCCUUGGACGGAAUAUCUCUACACCUCACCGAACGCCACGCUGAAUCGAAAGCUGUGGCCGCGACCUCGAUGCUAUGUGCCACGCUACUCGCAGCGGCUGGUUGAUCGAUUCGUCCGCAAGCGUGUUCGCAGGCACCUUAUUCAACCCUACUGGGCGCAUUGGCGACAGCGGUAUGACGCAUGGGCGGCAGGGCGGAAACUUCGAACCUGUCUUGAUGCAAGAACCCGUCUGGCUCACUGGGGUUGUUGGCGCAAAGCCGUCACGCGGCGCCACGAGCUGAGGUCGAAGGCCGUAAAAGCUUGGCACGAGACAGGUCGUCAGCUUCUUGGCAGACCUCUACGAGCUUGGUACCUCUUUACCAGGACACGUCGCAUACGGCGAAUGGACCAGAGGCGACUUGUAGCAACACACGCGCGUGCGCGUGAGCGCCGCCUGAGACAGAAGCUAAUGCGAGCCUGGCACCACCAGGCUAUCUAUGGGCGUGUCGAGGGGCUUUACACACGCGCGGAGCUCGUUAGGUCUCUGGCUGAGCUCCAGGCACACGGCAGAAGGCUCGAGGCGCGUGCGGAGGCCCAUGCAGCCGCAUGCGAGGACGCAACGAGGCGCCUUGAGGACGAACGUGGCCGCGCGACGCGCGCUGGUGCUCGCCUAAAGGAUCGAGAUGAUCACGCGACGCGCAUGCAUUUGGCAAUCCACCAUGCUGAGGCUGAGAUUGAUCGCAUUUGCUCUGCUAUUGAGUGUGUUGCAAAGCUUCAUCCCAAUGCUGCCCGCACAGCGCUCAUCCGAUCCUUGAGUGAACAUAACACACACAGCGGUAUCCGCGAAGUUGACAAAACUGACCAGUCACGGAAGCUUCCAUUUAAACCUGAAUCUUUUCUGCAUGAAUUGGUUCGUGUAGAUGAUGAUGUCGCAGAAGCCUCCACCACUCCGCAAAAGAGCAAAGAUGCGCAGGGCCAUGACAACCCCCCUUAUGAGGACGUGGAUGGUAAGCUCCUUGAUGAAGGUGUCGAUGUUGACCGCGAGGUCCUGAUGCUCCGAGUAAGAUUCGUUCUCGACCAGGCUUCAUCCGACUUCCGCACAUUCUCUCAUUUUGGAGGCAAAAUGCUUUACAGCGUCGAGCGACAGGAUGAUGAUCUCGACGCUGAUUCACCCCUAGUCGAGGUUUCUACCCAAAAAGAGGUCUGGAGGUCCGUUUCACGGGAUGAUUCCGUAGAUAAGGUGCUUAAGAUGGUUAGAGAUCUCAAGGAAGGCUGGCAGAUGUGGGAUUUCCUAGUAAAGGGUGAUGUCUCCGUUCUAAACGAAAAGCAUGCAAUUGCAUGGAAAGACAUGGAAGGUGUCGCCAUUGAUGUUGACGCCAAAUGGUCUUCCCUUAAAGCAAGCACGCUGUCAGGUGCGCAGCGUCUUGCUACAUGGGGCGAGUUCCUGCGCGCCCUCAAGCACCCUGGGCAACAAGCCCUGUAACAGUCGUAGCGACUUGACAGGGGACGACCGCUCUGGGAUAGAAAGGCGAGCCUUCUGCUUGCCUUUUGGCUACCUGGUGGUCCUCUUAUAGGUAUCCCUCUGUCUCCCCUCCAAGCAGCAAGCUCAGCGCCCUGAGUUGGCCAAUUCCGCCUUAACUCCCCCAGUUAUCAGGCUACUCCCCCGGUGGCGAUGCGCGACAAGUACGCCCGCUGAUGUCGUUCCGGCCCCUCAUGUCGCUCGGCGGGCUUGAUUAGAGGCUAGCCCACCGAGGCCGUUUCGCGGUGCCCUAAACGUUUUUAAUGGGG